AUGACUUGUUUGGAUCGGCUCACCGUUGAAAUCGACAACCUUCAUUGUCCAACAUGUGAAGCUCGAAUUACUCAGUUGGCUGAGGGUAUCACAGGGGCUACGCUUACAUUCGAACAAGAUAAGCUUAUCAUUUCAGCAGAUUCUUUGGAUGCGGUGGUUUCCAAAUAUGUCAAGAAGUUAGUCAGUCUGGGGUUUCUCGUAUCAUCUUGGGAGUAUACUCGUAACGGCAACAUUGUCAGUGCCCAUGUUCAACCACUUGUUGAAGCGUCAGGAAUUGCAAGUCGUUUAGGAUGGAAGAGUUUGAAAAAACGUUGGUUUGAUUAUCAGCAUGUGAAAUAUUGCAAUCAUUGCCAGCACAGUGACUCCGAGCUGCUAACUGUCACUUCUGAUGAGUUACCGUCAAAUGAAUUGAGCGAUGUUCGAGUUGUUUUCAGCAUCACUGGGAUGACUUGCGUGCUGUGCGUCAAUGCUAUUCAUGAACAAUUGCAACAGUUAUUACCAGAAAGUUCAAGUAUUGAUGUGGACUUGUUGCUGAAUCGAGCAGUCGUGAUAAUUUCCGACAGGGGUUUGACAAAUAAAAUCAUUGACACUAUUGAGGAUAUGGGUUUCGAAGCCAGAGUAGCAGAAAUUGUAUCUGUUUGUGAAGGUAUGGAGUUUACUCGAAAAACUCAUCGCUAUGUCAAUUUUAAGUUACAUGGUGUAAGUUCUGAAGACGAUGUGAAGGCGAUUAUUCAGUUAGUCUCAUUAUGGACUGGAGACAUCGCUGUUGAGUAUGCUGAAUUAAGUGUUGACAAGCCAUACUUACAAGUAACAUACAAACCCUCGUCGCAAUUAAAUAUACGAGGUCUCAUAACGAGUUUAUCCCCAUACAAAGUGGAGUUAAUUCGUCCUGAGUCGAUGGAUGAGGAGUUGAAAAAUGUGGCAUCUAAAGAGACCUCAGAGAUUGUUAAACGGUUGAAGUUGACCGCAAUUCUUGCAAUUCCAACAUUUGUUUUUAGCAUGGUGACAAUGUUUUUCAUGACAGAAGAUAAUCCUGUGAGAAAAUGGACUGAACACCCUUUGUGGGUAGGAAACAUUCUGACUAAUACUUGGAUCUUAUUCUUUCUUGCCACCCCCAUUUUCUUCUGUGCUGAUGAUAUGUUUCACCAGCGAGCUUUCAAGGAAUUAAAACAGUUGUGGUUUUACAAAAAUUCAUGGAAGAAGAGAUUUUUGAAGUUUGGCUCAAUGGAUUUGUUGAUGAGCUUGGGUACCUCUGUUUCUUACUUUGCUCUGAUAGGAUUAAUGAUAUUGCUGGGACAACAACCCCCUCAUUCUAAAGGUUUUGAAAUGACAUAUUUCGAUUCAGUGGUAUUUUUGACCUUCUUCGUAUUGGUUGGAAGAUACUUGGGGGCCGUCUCUCGCGUUAUUGCAGCUGAUUCUGUUGCAAAUUUGGGAGAAGCUAAGUCUGUUGAGGCCGUUUUAGUGAAGGAAAACACCGAAGGUUUUGAGGAAAACGUGAUAGAAGCCGUGUUGUUGGACGUGGACGACACCAUUCGUGUUAGACCAGGGGAAUUGCCUGCUGUGGAUUGUGUAAUAAUCGAAGGCGUCUCAGAGUUCGACGAAAGUGCACUCACGGGUGAAUCCAGACCUGUGCUCCAUCAGUCAGGUCAUCAGAUAUACGCAGGCUCGGUGAAUUGUGGUACUAAGUCGGUCCUCGCAAAAAUCAACACGAUUCCUGGUCAGUCUUUGAUUGAUGACAUUGUCAUGACGGUGAGAAAUGGACAAUUGAACAAAGCUCCAAUUGAGCGUACCGCAGACACGCUUACGGGUUAUUUUGUUCCUUUGAUCAUACUUUUGGCGACUUUGACACUCGUCGUUUGGUUAGUCCUUGCCUACCUGGGUAAUCUACCAGAUCUGUAUAGGGACAAUGAUAUUGGUGGUUGGCUCGUAUGGUCUCUCGAAUUUCUGAUUGCGGUAUUUGUUAUCGCCUGCCCAUGUGGCAUUGGCUUGGCGGCGCCGACUGCUCUUUACGUUGGCUCUGGACUUGCAGCCAAAUAUGGCAUUCUCGCCAAAGGCGGUGGCCUGGCAUUUCAAGAUGGUGCUCAAACAAACGUCGUUUGUUUUGAUAAGACGGGAACCUUGACCCAUGGCAAGUUGGAAGUUACUGAUUUUGUUGUGCAUGACGAUCAAGGUUGGCAGCUAAUGUGGGAUCUUGAAACGGCUUCAAAUCACCCCAUUGCUCUAGCACUCAGGAACCACAUCAAAAAACUGCAUCCAGUAUCCCAAAUGAAUACAGUACCCGAACCUCAAGUGGAGGCAGGUAAGGGUGUUUUUGGAGCUGUUGUACCCCUAACUGCAGGAGAAUGGCCCACCGAUGCGAUCCUUGGAAAUGAAGCGUUCAUGAAUGAAAAUGGAGUUCAGGUAUCAUCUCAGGAUCGAGACUUGAUUCACAAAUGGAAAUUGCAAGCUAAGCUGGUAGUCAUGCUUGCGGCACGCCGAUCUGACAAGUUUGAGCUCAUUAUAGCUACGGCAUUGAGGGACAACAUACGUGAAGAGGCACGAGAUGUGAUUCAAGCAUUUGAAAAUCGAGGAAUUGAAUGUUGGAUGAUUACAGGUGAUAACUAUGUGACCGCUCUGGUGAUUGCUAAUGAGUUGGGAAUUUCAAAUGUUAUUGCUGAUGUUCUACCUCAUGAGAAGCAAGCUCAAGUGAAACAGCUUCAAGAGCGACCUAACCGCAUGCUGGUGGUAGCCAUGAUUGGCGAUGGGAUCAACGACGCACCAGCUUUAACGCAAGCGAAUGUUGGUGUUGCUUUGAGCCUGGGAACUGAUUUGGCGAUGACAUCACUGGACUUCAUCAUUUUGAACAAGUCAACUCCACUUGUGGCAUUUUACACAUUGCUUGACAUUUCUCGCAUUGUAUUCCGAAGAAUUCGCUUCAACUUUGGUUGGGCUUUGGUCUACAAUAUUAUUAGCAUUCCGAUUGCUGCUGGUUUAUUUUAUCCUUGGAAACAUACACGAUUGAACCCCGCGUGGGCGGCAGCUGCCAUGGCAUUGCUGAGCAUUUCGGUUGUAAUGUCGUCCCUCGCAUUACGUAUGUAUCACCCCAAGAAUAUCUCCGAGAUGGUGACACAUGAUUAG